AUGUCGUUUCGGAUAUCUAUUCCUACACUAAAAAUAAAUAUCUUUUGGAUAUCUUUACCUACACUAAAACUAAACACCCUGUUCAAGCUGUACACCCGAGCCCAACCGGCAACUCCACUAGACCUGCCAGCCACACAAGUCAAGACCAGUCUCACCACCAUCUGGCCAGGUUUUGUCUCAAGACCGACCCAAAUUAUCGUUAACGGAUAUGAAGACAAUGUCGACGUAACUAGCUGGGCAAAGCAAAUGAAGGACGAGCUGUUGAAACAGGGAGACUACAACGUCAUCCUUGUGGACUGGUCAGGGGGCAACAAGCUGCCCUACACCCAGGCCACAGCCAAUACAAGAGUCGUAGGGGCUCAGAUAGCUCAACUCAUCAACCAAAUCAGUGCUAAAUACGGUACACCAGCCAAAAGCUUCCACGUCAUCGGUCACAGUCUGGGCUCUCACAUCUCUGGUUACGCUGGGGAGAGGGUGCCAGGUUUGGGGAGGAUUACAGGUCUGGACCCCGCCGGCCCAUAUUUUGAGAACACUCCAGUCAGCAUCAGACUUGACCCCACUGACGCGUUGUUUGUUGACGCCAUCCACACUGACGCUGGGACUCUUCUCACAGCUAACCUCGGCAUCAUGCAGGCUGUAGGUCACGUUGACUUUUAUCCAAACGGUGGACACAAUCAGCCUGGGUGUAUCCAGUCUCCUAUUACAUCCAUUGAGCAGUGGGGGCUUAUUGAUGGUAGGUGA